AUGCAAAUGAUUAUAUCUAUCUUUUAUUUUAUCCUAUUUCAUCUUACAAAGGUCGCGAUCGGUAAUUGCGGGGCUCCAUCAAAUUAUAAUUUGAGAUAUGCAACAGUGGAACAGUCAAAAUCAAUACAUAAUCGUCAAUUAAGCUUCAAGUUAUUGAGACUGAAAUUUAUUUUAUAUUACACCGAUUCAUUUAAUCAACUAGCUGACAGCGAAGAAAUUAAGAAAAAGAUUAUUAUCCCGGCCACUAAAUAUUGGGAAAAUUCUCUGAGAGUUCGACUGACUUCAUUGGAAAAAUUCUAUGUGCAAAGGUACUGUGAAGACGACAGUUAUUCAUUUUAUACAAAUGGAACUAAAUUUUGCGAUAAAUCACGAUGCCGUUGGACCGAAAAAUGUCAAGGAGUUGACAUACCAGCUGAAUAUAUGUCAGAUUGUCUCCAGAGAUAUAAUCGACAUUUAGUGACAUUUUAUGGUAAAGGCAAAGGAAUGUUACGAAAUAACUAUCUGUUGAUUGUCGAUAGUCGCACAGUAGGAAGCUGUCGUUCUAUUACCACAAAUGCAUUUGCUGCAUCCUGUGACAUUGAUCCAGAUACUGACAGACCGAUUGUAGGUUACGUGAACUUUUGUCCCUUCAGAACGGUCAUGAAGUAUCCUGGAGGUAGACGUUUGUACGGUACUGCUAGGCAUGAAAUAGCACAUGCACUUGGUUUUUCAAAACAACAUUUUGCGUUUAUGCGCUAUAAAAAUGGAAGUGCACGUACUGUAAGGAAUCCAAGAACCAAAAGACCAUUCCAUACAGACGAAUUUGGUUUAUAUAUUCCUAGUGACAAAACUAUUAAAGACAUUACAAGAGAAUGGGUCAGUGCAGCUGGAAUAUAUCGAAAAACAUUUCCUUCGUUUGUUACCGAAUCUCUAGUUAAAGAAGCUAAGAAACAUUUUAGAUGUCCAUUAACAGAUGGAGUUGAUUUAGAGAAUGAAGGAGCUCCAGGUUCAAGAGGUACACAUUUUGAUGGAAGAUUAUUCUCAACUGAACUAAUGAGCCCUAGUUCUGAAAUAGACUCCUUUGCCUCGAGACUCACAUUUGCAUAUUUCGAUGAUUCUGGAUGGUAUAAUGUCAAUUAUCAAAGGGCAGAGCCGUUGAAAUAUGGUAACAAUCUGGGUUGCGAAUUUAGUAUGCAAAGCUGUUAUGCUUAUGCAAAAUACAAAAGAAUGAGUAACGAAUCCAUUCUCCCCUACUGCGAUCAACCACACACCAUUGGGUGUAGAGAUGACUAUUCGUAUGGGAUGUGCGCAAUUGGAAGAUAUGAGAGACCAUUACCACUAGAAGAUCAAUUUUUCGAUCGUAAUUCUUUCGCUGGCAGUGAUUAUCCUUAUUAUGGAGGAAGUCAGAAUUUCAAAGACAAAUGCCCUGUACUCGGCUAUUUGAGCUCACUGGGAUCGUUGAAUGUUACAUCGUUUUGUACACAUGAUGAAAAUAAUCAAAUUGCAGAUUCAGAUUCAAAUGAUUAUCUACAAUCUUUUGGAAAAAAAGCCAUUUGUGUGAAGCAUUUAGGACCUUGGACAUAUGAGCUCGGUCGCUUUAUAUACACGUUAGAUCAAAGUAUAACGGGUACUUGUCAUAAAUAUAUUUGUACUCCAGAAAAGAUUCUCAUAGUGGAUUUCAGAGGAUCAAGAGUUAAAUGUCCGGUAAAAGGAGGCAGACAAUCGUUCAGUUUCAAGAAUAAAGAAAAAAUAUAUCGAGGAGCAAUCAAUUGUCCUCCAGCAAACAAAUUUUGCCAGUGAUAUCCGUUACGUGGAGUACUCUGUAUAUCAAUGAGAAACUAAGAAUAUUUCAUGAAAAGCUCAACAAAAUUUGUUAUUUCAUUUUUAUUUUCUAC